AUGAAGGAAAGGACGAUGGAACUUGAGUCAGAGCAGGAUAUCUUUGAAACACGGAAGGAAAUCGUCGACGACUUUCAAAAGCGCGAAGCAACGAAGAGAAAUGAACCGGAAUUUAUCAUCGCCGCCCGAGAAGCUCAAAACUGCAUUCGGGAACACGACUUCAAAUUCUCGCCGGUUUUGAAUCUUCAUCGCCCAGCAGAAGGAGUCGCGUUUACCGCAUUUGGAGCGACUCCAGCGCCCUUUUCUUUGGUUAAAGUUGAUGCUAUUAACGCGUACUGGCGGGAGCUCUCUGCGCAGAAGAUACUUUAUAUCGACUCACCUAACGAACAGUUGCCGAAAUGGAGUUUUCGGGACGCGCCAUUGAUUACCCUCGAGCAUCCAGAUCGACAGGAAUUGGGGCUGCCGAUGAUUCAAGCCAUUUCUCUUAGAGCGCGAGUAUUAAUCGAAGCUGGAUUCAUCCGACCAUACAAAAAGAUGGAGCAGAUUUUGGACCUUGUCGAGUCCUCUCGCGAAAAAAGAAAAACCGCCACCGUCAUCUACAAAAAUGAAGUCACAGGAGAUCUGCAUCGAAUGGCCCUUCGAUACCUGACAAAGUCUUUCAGUGAAACUCGACUGCCGCUAGCUCUGCAGAUUUGUUAUGAAACCAACGAUCCGGAAAUACGAAGCAAGGAAGUAUUCACCCGACUAAAGAAGCAUUUUAAAAUCGACUACAUCCCGUACGACGAACAAAGAAACUGUCGCGGGAUAAUUCUCAACAGCUUCAUGAUCUACCCUCGAGACGAGCGAGAACUGACGAGCAUCAGAAGCUGUCUGAGAAAGAAUCCGCGAAUUUUGGCGGAUUUUCAGAUUCCCAAAGUUGAAGUUUGGAGUAAAUCGAGUCUUAUCUUAACCGACUUGGAUGAUCCAAAGAACUCUCCCGUUGUCGUUACGCAUAAGCUUCUGGAAAGUGGUCGACUGAUGAACUGCCACAGAGAUGUCGAAGUCUCGAAGGAUAAACCCGCCAUGAUAGUCGAAUGCUGGUUUGAUGAGAAGCAUCCAACCGGUCGACCAGACAACUACGAUCCUUAUAUGAAGCAAAUGAAGGAAGUCUCCACCUUAUACGAUCUGAAAGAACGGAUUACAACAACUUUCAACAGCAAGAAGAAAUUUAAAAUCUUUUUGGAGAAACCGGUGGACUAUCAUCGGAUGCCUUGGGUCUGGCUGUGCUCUGCCAAGAUCAAAGGAAAAUCAAUCGGGGAAGAAAUUGAAGGACAGUGGAUCAAGCGAACUUAUGGCUUCCCUGUUUCUCCUUGCGAUGAUGAGUAUGGUGACUCGAUGUCACUAGAUGCUCAUUCUGACUGA